GGGGAAGGCGGCUCCCGCCGGGCCCAGCGCGGCGGCGGAUGGCGGGGGGGCCGCGCCCGGCGGGGGCCGGCGGGGGCGCCCGCUGAGCGGCGGCGGCGGCGGCGAUGCCGAGGGGCCCGGCUCGGCGGGGCGCGCCCGCGGGGCCAUGAGGGCGGGCUCCGGCCAUGGCCCAUGGCAGCGCGGCGGUCAUGCUGAAGUGCGUGGUGGUGGGGGACGGCGCCGUGGGCAAGACGUGCCUGCUGAUGAGCUACGCCAACGACGCCUUCCCCGAGGAGUACGUGCCCACCGUCUUCGACCACUACGCAGUCAGCGUCACCGUCGGGGGCAAGCAGUACCUGCUGGGGCUGUACGACACCGCCGGCCAGGAAGACUAUGAUCGUCUGAGACCUUUAUCUUACCCUAUGACCGAUGUCUUCCUUAUCUGCUUCUCAGUGGUAAACCCUGCUUCAUUUCAAAAUGUGAAGGAAGAGUGGGUACCGGAGUUGAAGGAAUAUGCACCUAAUGUUCCCUUUUUACUAGUAGGAACACAGAUUGAUCUCCGUGAUGACCCAAAAACUCUGGCAAGACUGAAUGAUAUGAAAGAGAAGCCCGUAUCUGUGGAGCAAGGACAGAAGUUAGCAAAAGAGAUAGGAGCCUACUGUUAUGUGGAGUGUUCAGCUUUAACACAGAAAGGACUGAAGACUGUUUUUGAUGAAGCUAUUAUAGCCAUUCUAACUCCAAAGAAACACACAGUGAAGAAGAGAAUAGGCUCAAGAUGCAUAAACUGCUGUUUGAUCACGUGAGAAACAUUUGACAAUGGCCAGGCUUACUGUGAAAUUCUACUGAUUUUAAAUACAAUGCAUUAAGUACAUAGUGAAUUCGUUCCAGGUUUGAAAGUUAAACCUACGUUUCUGCCUUCUACAACCAGUGAAAUCCAGAGGAAUAAAAUCAAACUCAACAAACUUGUAAUAAGAAGCCACCAUAUCUGUUACAAAUAUUUUAUUCAGACUGGAAGGUACAAUCUCUCAGGGUUACACAGUCUAGAGGAAGCAAAAACUGCACCAUGCUGAAAUGGCAUCUAUGUGAUUUUACUGAAUGGAGAUGCUUGGCCUGAAAUAUUCUAACUGAAUUUGGACAGUCUUCUGCUUUGACUAUAUAUAUAUAGCUCUUAAAAAAAACCCAACUUUUGCACAGUCUGUAUGGAAUCUGCACAAAGAAAUACCUUGUCUCUUUUUGCUCCAGUUAUCUGCUUUUGUAUGUAAGCUGCUUCCGGUUCCAGUGUAUCCACAGAGGUGCAAUAAUCAGACCAGCCAUAUAGCCAAAGGUAGCUCCGAGGGAACAGGAAAUGGGCCAUACCUGAGGGGAGAACGCAAGGUAAAAGCAGACAAUGAGGAAAAUGUCUGUGGUUUUUUGUACUUCAUGAGCACAAAGUCUAGGUACUGAAAGACAGCAGUCUUAUUCUAUUUUAAAGCUUGAUGUGCUUUCCUAUAAACACCAAAAGCGUAACAAUCAUCUUCAUGAACACUAAAUGCUGUUGUACAGUUUAUAAUUAAUAUGCAUUAAAAUGUAAGCAGGCUUCUGGCUAUUGCAGACUUUAGUUUGAUAGUCCAAAAACUAUGUGGAAAAAAAAACCCUCAGAAGGAUUUCUAUUUCCUGAUGCAUUCAGCUGACCUAACUUCCUACUCUGCUGCACACAUUUGGAUACCUACAGAUUUCUCAGCAAUUUCUCCUUUCAAUCUCUCAUGGUGUUUUGAAACUUUUAGAUGUGUAUAGAGGAACUAGUAUUCAAAUAAGGCCAGCGACUGAGGUGGAUAGAGGUUUGUUGGCUUUUUUUUUUUUUUUUUUCUGAAAAGUAUGUAGAAGGAUAAAUUUCCCUUUAGCUAGCAGUAGGGAAGGAACACAAAUUUGGAAGCUGACUGAACAUCUUGCACCCAGGUCAUCAAACUUGUAGUAAGCCAGUUAUGUCAAAGAGAGCUUUAAUUAUAUGCUCUAUUUUCUAGUAUACGAAAAGGAAGCCGACUCAAUAUAUCUGACUCACUUUAACAAACCAUCUUGUGUAAUAAGCCAGAGUAGUAAUGGAAUUCUUCCCUGCCUUUUCUUUUUUUUCAUUGGUAUUGAUUUGCAGGGAGGAGUGGCCAAACUAGUUUGUCAUCAGAUGUAGCUUAUAAUACCAGUCCACUCCAUACUGCAUUUGAUGAAAGUCUCAACUAAGGUGGUAAUUAAUUUAUUUAUUUUAGAAUAAACAGAAUUCCCAGGCCUCUUUAAAAUUCUCCUUUGCAUUUCUUUUUCUUUUUUUUUGCAAGGACAGUUUUGCAGUUCCUGCUGUACAGUACAUAUUCCUAAAGCAAGGACGGACUGGACUCUCCUAUUCUUUUGUUUUUUAAAUUAAGGGGGAUAUUCCCCCCCGCCAUAGUCUCACUUGAGACUGAGAAAUGCACUAGACAAGAGAGGAAAUAUCCCAAUCUCCAGCCUUGUUUUCUACUUCACUUUGACUUGCAAUUCAUGAAUAUCAAAUGAACGUACUCUUAACGGUACUGGUUCCUCCUUUCAUUCAUUUUCCUAGCUCUGAUUCUUCUCUUUACUUCAUUAUAACUUAAAAGAAUAUAUUUAUUCACAUCCUUUGAUCAUGGGAAUUUUAACUACGAAUAAGAGUAAUGUAUUUUGUCCUCUGCUCUUUCAUCUUCAAUCUCCUCAGUUGUUUCAUCUUCACAUUCCUUAGCAUUUACAGAUUUAUGUUAUUUGGAGGUCUUAAGGAGUGUAGCAAAGAUGAUUAUUAAACAAGGUGCCUUAGGUACUCUUUAUUGACCUUGUUUCAUUCUUUCACUUUCAUGCAUUCUGUCUCUGCUGCUUGUUUUUGUUGCUGAGUAUUUCAGCAGUUGCCUCACAAGCCAAAGAUUUGCUUGUUUUCAUUCAUUUACUGUGUAUUGUAGAUCAUCUAUAAAAAGCCUUGAGAGGCUUUGGCAUGGUAAGUACUACAUGUAUUUGAAACUCACAUAAGUUUGUGGCCUUGGCUAAACUUACACUUCAGGUGGAUCUUUUCAACUUUUAAACGAAAUGUAAUUAUUUCUAGCAUUCUGCAUAUUACACAUGUCUAAAGAACAAUAAAAAAAAUCCCUGAAACCUUUCCACUCACUCAGUAACAUUCAUAUGGAACACAAGUCAUACUUUUUUAUCCACUGAUGAAGUCAAAUACCACUGUAAUAUCCACAAAAGUAUGGACAACGGCUUCUUAAUUCGGUGGUGCUUUUACAUCAUAUUUGCUGAGUGAUCAAUGAUCAAUCUUUCAUUCAAUUUUUACCUACAUUAGGUGAAUUUGUAGUUGCCUAUUUGCUUUCCAGAACUAUGGUAGAUGAUGGACUCGGAAUUGAUCAUAUUCCCCUAACUAGAGAGCAAAUAUCUCUGAUGACCCAAUGACCCUGUAUAUUGUGCUAUUUUGUGUAUAGUGGGUGAUUUAUUGGUAUGAUUAAAAAGAUCUCUGAUGAUUGUUGUAGCCUCUUUCACCUGACUGAACUGUAACUCGGGAUGUGUUUUUUCAAUAGCUAUGUAACUUUUAAUAUUAGUUAUGCCUCUGUCUGUCUUCUAAAACCUUCGAUUUUUGCUUUGGUUUUUAAAAGUCUGUGUUACCUUACAUAAGUUUCAGGCUCUCUCUCUUUAACAGUUGAAUCUCUGACCUCUGAACACUCACAAAUGGCAGGUGGAAAAGACAGGGAACAAAGGGAAGAAAACAUAAAACAUGCCAUCUACCCAUCUAUGAAUAAGACAGAAAGAGACACCACCUCAUCCCUUCUAGUGGCAUGGAACAGAGGGGUGCUAGGCUGGGCACUUAUUCUUACUGUGCUGCUUGGACAGCCCAAAGUAGUUUUGAGGGCAGCUUGAUUGGCCUUUUGAAAACUCCCUAAACACAGCAGUUACAAGCCUGGACUUAAGAGUGUUCCUGUCCUUCUACCAUUUUCUCUGACCCUCAAGACUACCAGUUUUGCACCUUUUAUUCUUGUCUGAUGACUUUUAGGCUACAUAUAGCCUGAAGCACCCAUGGGUAUAUCUAAAGCAGCAAGUUAUCAAAGACAGAUUAAGAUAUGGUUCUUAAGCACAUCAGCUGCACUAAAAUAACACCACUUUCACAUGCUUUUGACUGUCUACAAAAUGGGUUGCUUCUUUCUGUGGAAGUGGGUUGCUUUAUUUUGCAUUAGCUGCUGGCCUCAUUUUUCUGAGACACAAUCACUUUCUUCUGGACUUUUUUAAAUGACUUUGACUUACUCAAUUGGCCUGCUUUUGCCCUCUUUUUCAUAUUAUCUCAAACUUGGUUUAAAGUCCUUGACUUGGUAUGAACUGCCUGUAAGUGAUAAAAAUCUAAGCAGCAAAUAGCUGUUUCAAGAGAUUCCAUUCUGCUUGCUUAAAAUAUGCAACUUGUAAUACACCCCUCUCAUCCCCUGAGAACUUUUCAGCUCAGUUUCUCCUACGCCAUGCUCCCUUCUGCCUUGAGGAGGCUGACAUGUCCUGCCCCAGUACUGAUGUCAUGUCUGGGCUGGGUCAGCAGCAGGGGAAUAAGAUGUUAGGCCACAUGGCCUGGCUGCACUUUUGUUGAGGGGAAAAAAUGGCCGAUAAGGAGAAAAAAGUGUGGGGAGCGCAGGAGAUAGAACAGAACAUUUUUCAUGAAACUGUCAUUAAAUGCCUUAUCUGUCUCAGCAGAUGGGACACAUCAGCUACCAUUCUCACAGUCUAACACAAGAAGAAUCAGUUUGCAUAUCAAAUGCAUGAUGAAAAGGGCAAAUUUUAACAACCUGUAUGUAGAUGAUUACUAGGAACCUGAACAGCAGCUUGGCAAAAACAAAUUUUAACAAGAACAAAAAAUGCUUUUUAAUGGACAGAGCAUGAGCCAGUGUUCAAUGCAAAAUUAUUCUGAUUUCUGCUAUUCGUUGAAAUUUUCUUUUUGCCUUUUCAUCUGGCAGCAGUGUUAGGACUUCACAGGAAUUUCUUUAGGCUAGCUAAAUAGACACUGCAGAACUGCAAGGAUUUUAGUAUAUACUAGAACUAAUUUUAAGAAUAAUGACUCAAAAUAGGAAUUGCCAACCUUUCAGGACACAAAUGAGCUAGUUUUCCUCAGUGCUCUUUAGGGCACCUAAGAUUCUAUGAUGUCAGAAUGCUUAGCAUAUUGCAUGGAAAGCAGAGCAUGCUGCAGGAUCCCAGCAAGGUAUUAGCUCUGCUGGACUGUGCAUGUAACUAGCUAAACCAGAAUUCUGACUGCAUGACAGGUUUUUCAUCUAUUACCAGUCUUGCAUCCCAUGCAAGGGAAUUACAUAGACAUUGAUAAGGACAUAAGGGCCAGAUUCUUAUAGACCAGAGGAGCAACACAAAGUUUUUAAAGAUAUUAUGAAGUAAGCAGCUGCCUGCUGGAAUUUUUAUUAUAAAAAUGCAAAUAGAGUGGGGCAAUCUACUGUAUUUACUUUUCAGUAAACUUAAGAGUGUUUUUCUCAUAUUCCUAAACAUGAUUUUUUGUAUGCUUACUGUUUCAAAAGACUAAUUUCUGACUGUCAAUUAGAAGGCUAUGUAAUAAUUUUUGUUUCAUUUUAAAAUUGAAUAAAUGAGCACAAUUAUUUUCCCUCCCUGUUUCUAACAUGCCUUAAAUUCCUGAUUGUUUAGUCUGUACUGUCUUAAAAACUUCAGUACAUGCCUUUAAUCUAUUUUGGUUGCAUGCACAUGUUAACUACAAGGAUCUUAUCACAUUGUACAGAAUGUGUGUGUUGACAAGCACACACCAAGAAGAAAGUGUGAGGUUUUUUUCAGGCUGGCAUUUGUAACUAGAAGUUUGUUUAAUGGAUUUGUGUUCUAAAGUUAUAGCAAGCACAACAGCCUUUGAUCUCACCAUAAAGGUUUACACUGAGAAAACAUAUUGCUAAAUAAACAAUGAUAACCACA